AUGGCCAUCCGGAUGGAAGACCUCAACAAACUCCACGGGAGCAAGCUCACCGUUGUUUAUUACAGGAAAGGGUUCAACUGGAUGAUGAAAGUGAAGGGCUACAAAGGAUUUUGCGGGGAUAUGCAGCACUCGAACGCAAUGCCAGUGGGACGACCAGCAAUGGAACACGCCUUCCACUUGGAAUGCAACAAACUUGCAGUAAGAGAAGGGGCAUGGCAACCUGACAAACCAGGUCAAACUUCAUUGAAGGCCAGGACAAUAGAACUAAUGUUCAGUGUAGCAUGCGAUAUGAUUUACGCACGCCCACAUCGUAAAGACGGCAGAAAACGCAAAGAACGCAAAGUACCCCAACAUUACAAAAGACUCAAGUACUACAAGGAUGGUACACCACGUGGAAAUGGUGGAAGCUGGAAUGCUCAGACUUGGUGGGAGGAGCAAGCUAAGAGGGCCUGGAAGCAACGUGGGAUUGUACUCGACAUCACUUCCCCAUUUCAACGCCCAGAAAAUUCGUAUACAUUCCGACCAAUUGACACCAUCAUAGGCUCCAUGGGCAAUCAACACUUGAUGAUUGACUCAUAUUCCCUCGACGACUUGGCCGAACAAACGAAGCUUCUUGCCGAAUCAGCAGCCAAUCACUCCUCUGAUGUUGAAACACCAUCAGACGAUGGUAACAAUGAUGAAGAUGAAGAAUUCAUCAGAAAUUUGGACGCCAACAACCAGGCAUCUCUAGCGGCUGAAGGCAUUAGUUUGGGCAUGAAUUGGGAGAUGAACGACGACGACCUAAUUUAUAUGGACGAUGACGACGAUGUGAAAGGGUGGUUGGACGAUAUGGAUUCGGACGAAGCUGAGGAUGGGGAUGGGGAUGAAACUGAUGCUUCAAUGGAUCUGAGUGAGUGA